AGCUUCUACUUUUAGUUUAUGCUGCAUCUGGAACUGCAAGUAGUGCAAGCACAACUAUGUAUUAUUUGAAAUUAGCACAACAAUCAACUACAUCUACAUCAUGUCCUUAUCCGCGGCCCUCAUGGUGGUACUUAGGAGAGCGCGCCAGCAAGGGCAGCACAGGCUUCGUGACCGACAUGAAGUCCAGCAGUCCACCUGGCGCUAUUGUGGAAACAGGUUCGCAUUGUGGAUUUUAAUUUUCCGCCCUCUCUUAGGCGGCGCUCUAGAUGUCAGCAGGGAUCUUGAAGCUACAUCGACUCGAUCAGGAGGGCAGAGCACACUUAGGACAAGGAAAACAAGUAAGUAUAUAAUAUGACUUUAAUUUUUAUUUUUUUAUCGCUCUACAUACUUAAGCAAUGAAGAUCUUCAACGCAAUCAGGGGGGGGGUCCUUAAAAAUGGUCAUUUCAUAUCUGAGGCGUGUAAGUACUUGUACAAGAACUACAGUCUAUACAUCUUCCUCCUCCUUCUUAUUUGAAAAUAGUAUGGUUUUUUUAUUUCUGCUUGAAAAUAGUAACAAACUGUGUUUUUACAACUCUCUAACAAAUCAACAAGAAAUAAGGUGGAUGACGUGGCCGAAGCGACUGGCCGAAGAGGUAGAAGUGCUUCUGGAAGUACUGACGCUUCUACUGUUGGUUCUUCUACUAGCGCUUCUAGAAGAAAAGGAAAACCAGAGGUGGACAGCUCUCCUAGAUAUGAUAACUACGAUGUUGUUGUCGAUGAGGGUCAACAUUCUAGGCGGACAAGAAACACAAAGAAAACAGCACCACGACAUCUACGAAGAGAGAAGGAACAAAAGGAGCACGAUCGGGAUGAAUCAAGUUACGGCCUCCUGAAUUCAAAAUUUUCACAUCUUGUUGAACAACUUCUUUGUUCCUCCACAGGGAGAGAAAGCAGCUUCAAGAUGCCUGCCGAAAUUAUUUUUAUGGGAGAUUAGUUACUGAGGGCGCGCUUUAAUAUUAUUCAUGCUAAUCACAUUCACACGACGAGAUGAGUGAAGAUGAUUCCCGGAAAAUGGCCGCCGAUUCAGAUGAAUCGUUGAAAAUCAUGUCCGUCGCGGAUGAGAUAGAAUCACAACAGCAGUGGAUAAUGGCUCAGAAGGAAGCUGACCUCGAGGACGAAGCAAAAAGUGUAAAAAGUGGUGCUGCAGGAAGUAGUAGUAGUACUUCUACUACUAGAAGUGGUUCUCGUUCUUCAAGUGCAAGACGAGGAGGUGGUGGCACAACUUCUAGUUCUACAACAGUUAUUACUUAUUCUUAAUUUGGAUCAUGGUUCAUCUCCCAAGAAGUCAUCUUCUUGAGGAAACGAGAGAAAAAAGGGACCCAGAGGACGAUCCCUCAGUAGAUGAAUUCCUCGUCAUAGUGCCUGUCCUGUACUCGAAAACUGAAAAUAACCGAGUUACUGACUGAAAUAAGGGAGGUAGCUUUGACAGGGCUACCGUUCCUUGUUCAGUAUCUCGCUUAUUUUCAGCAGUUACUCGCUUAUUUCAGUUGUUUUUCGAGUAUCUAAAUCUAAUACAGGAGGUCGCGGCCCAUCUCGCUGGGAAGUAGCAGAGGACGAAGAUGAAGAUGACCACUCCAAAUCGUCCAAUGAUUUGACCAAGGAGGACGGCGUCAAUGUCUACAUCAACAAGGACGGUUUUGUAUCCUUCCAGCUUCAAGAACAAGAUCAAGUAGAGCAGAAGAGAGGAGCUCAAGAAUUCACUCAGCAGGACAAGAGGACACACAAGGGACAUGAAAAUAGAUACACGACGAGGACGGGGACUAGUGAAAAUCGAGAUAAGAACACUAGAGAAGAUCGAGAUAAGCAGGGUGAAGGCCGAUUUGGACAGCAGGAGCGCAGGAGUAGAAUUAUGAAUGGAUAGAAGGUGGAGAGGUUUUAUCCUAACUUCAUCAUCGUCGUGUUAAUAUUGAAAAAAGUAGUUGUUCUGGAUCUUCAUUUUUCAUCUGGCUUCCCCGCAGAGGAAAGGCAGGGAGACGGAGAUGAAUAUGACAAUCAAAACUAGGAAUGUCGAAGAUGUCAUAGUUAUACAUAGAUACUUCUUUUUGUAAAGUACAAUACAUAGAUGAUUAGAAAAAAUAUGAGAGCAAGACGAACCAAAAAACAAGUCAAAAUUCUAACUCUAAGGAUACGAAUUCCGACAGCCGUCGCCGCCAGAGGACUAAGACGAGAAAGGCUACUUCUCCUGGCGAUAUCCAAGGCCACGAUGAACACAUGCGUGGCGCGAAACUACCUAUCCUUCCGCCAUGGCGCGACCCUGAUGAUGCGGUGGAGGAUGCGGUUUGGGUCCGCCGCGCUGUGCAACUAUAUCUAAGGUGGAAGAGCAGUGUCAGCAUCUAUUUUCAAUCUGUAAUUCUAAUUAAUUUCAUCUAUUUGUAAUUAUGUUGUUGGAUCUGAGAUGAUGGCGAACCAACAAUAUGAAAGAAUGAUUCGUUUUUUUUUCUACUACUUAAGCAAUUGCAAUGACUCAAUCUCUUCAUCUGUCUGUAUCUCUGCAAGAAUAUUUUCAGAUCCUCCCCCGUCAUUUGAACGGGUAUAUCACGAACAAGGAUGACAUUCAACAUUCGCCAAACCAUGACUAAUUCAGCAUCUUGCACUCGUAUAGUAUUUCGUGCACUUCUGUUCUCUUCGCUACUACAACUUCAUCAAAGUUCAUGUACUUCAGUUCACCCACAACUCAGGUCAUCAAAGAAGCUGUACUAGUUUCUUUGCUGAGAUUUCCAGUACUAUUUUAGUACCUUGUGCUAGUAGUCCUUCUUCUCACCUCGUGGUCUUCUUCUAAUGCAACACGACGAAGUCAGGUUCACUAGAACAACAGAGGAGCAUGAUGAUAGCACAAGUAGCGGGGGCUUCCUCGACGUUGAGCGAGAAGCGAAACCUGCGCUGAGUGAGCUUGAUGCUGAUGGCGCCGAGGGUUCCGAAAUCAAUCUGUUAAGGCUAGUUUUUCCCUAUCCCAUUCGUUCCUAUGUGGACUCUGCUGAGUGGAUUCCUCCUCGAUUUAUAAGGGAAAGCAAAAUAAGGAAGGAGAAGGGCAACUCACUCAAUCUCAAUCAGGCAUAAAGCAUACCAUAUGAAAAAGCUAGCGCUAAAUCUGGGGAGCUCCACGACCGCAAAGAACCUUCGCACGGACGCACGGGUCGCAGAAGUGGAGGCGGCACAGGUGAAGAAAGAAGGCGUUUUUCUUUUUGCGAUGUGGACCAGCCUCGGCACUCAAAUUAAGGGUAGGCUAAAGGUGUUCCUGGUACCGUUCGUUUUGCCUUUCUCAAGAGGGAUUGCGAAAGGCAUGAGGAACGGGGUAAGCGAACAUCAAAGCCAAAGCCCUACCCCAAUCUAAUCAAAAGCGGAUGCGCGCGAGCCUCGAAACGUGGAUGAAAGCUCUGGGCCCGCGACAGGCCGUCAUGAUAACGAGUGCCUUUCCAGCCCAACAAGAAGAAAACCAAACUAAGGCUCAACACAAUUGUUCAUUUCUACAACACGUCUUCAUUUCUCCCUAUUCCUUUAUUCUUAGGAUUGGGAGAAAUGCUAAUGCAGGCAAGAAAGGAAUCGAUGUUCUGAGCUCUAACCAAAAGCUGAUCCGCGACAAAGUAGCGAAGGGGGAACUGCUGCCCCAAGUUUUUUCUCCUGUUGCGGGACACUGUCGGAACCGAUUGAGUCGAAGGCUGCAUGCAAAACACGCUUUGAUUAAGGGCGCACACAGAAUUACAUUACAUGCUCCACCACAUGUUCGACCAGGACCAUGAUCCACCCUGGCUCUUUUUCUAGUACUAGGAAAAAGGUGACGAGGUGAGGUCGGGGGAUCAUGAUUAUCUGAUCUGAUGGAUCAACAUGUUGUAAUGCUGCUUUGUUGUAAUUUCACAUGGGACUGGAUGGCCGGCUAUGGUACCCGUAAUUUGAUUCACCUGUGCUCGCUGCCCUUCGUGUAUCAGGUCGCCGCCAGAAUACCGAAUCUCCUGUUUCUAGCUACUACCGAGGACGACGCUUAUGUUUUGCCGCAGCCAUACCAGCUGCGCGCAGAGUACGCGUUUUCCCAUCCAGAAAGGUAUGAGCUGAAGCUAUCGGCUGAGAAGUUCGAGCCCUAUCCCGCGAGUGUAGAGGCUCUCGGUGGCGCGGGACUUACAAACACUUCCUUGUCCAGUUUGAUAUUCCAAAGUACUAUAGUCCACGCAGAUGGACGAGAUGAUGAUGAAGAUCUUCUACCUGCAUUUUUGAGCACUACAACUCCAAUUACUUCAUCUAGUGGAGGUCAUGCUAGUGAAGAUCAACAUGGAACUAUAUUAACUACUACUAGUACUACUGAAGCUGCAGGUGAAGACGCGGAAGAUGGACAAGAUGGACCACACGUUGUAGAAGUAGAUCAGAAGUCUACAACUAUGGAGGAGGACGAGUUGCUUGGCAAUGGAACAUUCUCGGCAUCUACCUGGCAAAGUACGGAUCCCAUGGCGAUGGCUUGGUGGGAUUGCGCAGGAGGCAUGUGCGGACAGUUUGUUAAGGCUAGUUUUUCACUACCCCAUGACCAUGUCUGUGGACCACUAUGCUCGCUGAGAGAGUGGGGUCCUAGCCCUUGAUUAAAAGGGGAAAAUAUUAAGGGAGGAAAAAAGCAUGAGCAACUCACUCGCGCAGGCAUAGCGAGGGAAAACUACCUUUAAGUUUGGGUUUCUGUUCAAUGCAGCAGGUACCCAUUUGCUUGGGGCCGCUGUGUCACAUGAACGGAUAUUAUCCCAUGUUGGCCGCUGGGCUGCUUUAGAGCAUGCCCGAAUCGAGGUAGAGUUAAGGCUUGGAAGUUCACCUAUCUAAGAGCAUAUCUGUGACUUUUUUCAAAACAACCGGUUAGUUUUCCCUCUAGUAAUCUUAGGUGUAUGAUCCCUACAACAUGCAACAUUUCUGUGACCUUUUCAACAAAGGGCACUGGCAUACUAGAUAUGCGAGCUAGAUCGGUCAACUUACAGCCACUAACUGAGGAGGCGAAAAAAAGAAAGCAAGAGGAGCAGGCUCAAAAAGCGAAUGCGGGUACUACAGUGCUCGCAGCUCUUCAUGAGCAAGAACAAGAUGUGGAGCAGAACGCGAGUGCGCCUGACAAUGACAAUGACAUCGUCUCUACGCUGAUUGCAACUCGUCAGAAAACAAGCGAGGUUGAAAACUUGAUGGAAAAUCUGAUGAUCCACAAAGCAGCUGUGGAUCAUACCACCUCUACAAAAAAUAGCCGCGGGUCUGGUGGAGGAGGUGGAGACGAGGUAAGCAAAGAAGUUAUGGCUUAAGAACACUGGUUGUAUUUGUAAUUCUGGUUGUAGCGCUAGUGAAGAUACUUUCUUCAUCUUGAUGAAGAACAAGCUUUAGAUUAGAAAAUUCAUCAAAGGAAACGCUAUUGAUUUGCUGAAAUCAUGGACAAUAAUAGACUACUUCUAAAACUACAUAUUGUUUCUUGAAGUAUGUCUAAUAUGUCUAUGUUGAAAAUCAAAAUUCUGAAUCUUCCUAGUAGGUCUACCCCCCUUUUUAACCUUAUAUAUCGGUAUCUUUUCCUUCUGCUCGAAUGAUGUCGGAAAUAGGUUGUCAUUAUCCGCUAGAAGUACCGCUAGUACCGUUUGAGCCGCAAUCUAAGUAGCAAGAGAGCGGAGACGCGUCCAGGGCUUUUAACACGAGUGGCUUAGAUCUGGGACGCAUGAUUGGAAUGGAUUGCAUAAUGGGCUGGGUUUUAAAAGAUAUCGCGCGAGCUCACUUAAUCCGACUCCUCUUAUGAAGUUGAGGAAAAAAAGACACCAUGACAAUGACUCGUCAGCAUGGAUGAUUCUUCUCUUUGACUUCAAGUUCAAGCUAGAAAUGAUUACAACAGGAGCACACAUCAACACAUGUCAUACUUCCUCGUCUUCUCCAUCGUCCAUCUAGUACAACUCACUCUCUCACCUAAGUACUCACUUCUCGUCCAUUCACCUACUCGUCACUCUCUCAACUAGUAGUGAGGUAGUUGUAUUGACCACUUCUCCAUCCACCUAGAAGUACUCACUUCUACUCCAUCUUCCACCAUCUUCCAUCUUCAUUUUUUUGGCAACCUACCCAUUUUGCCAAAGCUCAGACUGGAUAUGAUGACUUCGCGGCAAACGCACGACUUGAGCCGAUGGAGAAGACGGUCCUCUUCCACUAUAUUUCGGACCCCUGGAAAGCGGGCGAAACUGAUAUGAAGAGGUACUAUAUUCGAGUACAGUUUAUAUUAGCUUGGAGAAGUAGCAUGGAUAGAAGUAGCAGCAUGUGAAUGGCUCUGGUAUUUGGUAGCCUGAUUUUGAUCAUAAGGAAAACAAGAAGUAGGGAUUCCAAGACAGGAUCGAGGAAGUCGAAGUUGUACAUUGUUCUUCAGAGGCAGCGAUCGGUCUAGCUCUAGCGUAUCAUAGAACGUAGAACUUAGGGUAGCCCCGCCAGCGCUAGGUCGUAGUCGUGUUUUUGGCUCUUCAGCAGCCACGACUCACGUCUGCUAGUUUUCCUAGUGGACCCACAUUGAGCCUAAAAACCUAGACGAGUCAUGAUCUUCUCGUUCUAACACACAUAUUCCGCAGAAUCGUUGGUCUGACCACUACGCCGCGCACAGAGAGCUGCGGGACCAUAUGAAGGCGCACGUCAUUGAAGAAAAGAAAGAAUCAGAACAACAAGAACAAAAGAAAGAUGCACAGGGAAAGUAGUAGGAACAAGAAAGAAUCAGAACAAGAACAAAAGAAAGAUGCACAGGAAAAGUAGUAGGAGCAAGAAAAAUAAAGAACAAGAAUAUAAGAAAGAUGCACAGGAAAAGUAGGGGUAAGAAAAAAUUUUUGUACAUUUUGACGAGUCCUCGUGGUUCCCCAACAACUACAACACGUUGGAUUCCAAUAAAUAUCUUCAACGAUGUAUUAUUGCAUGGCACUCUUCCGGUUCGAGCUAUUAUAGUAAAUAUAUACAUAGCUAGUUACAUACUGAUACUCGUCUAGUUGGUUUGCUUUGGGCUAUCACAUUCUAUCAGUAAUCAGCAAGGCUAAUCGAUCCUUGUCCUUAAGUCUAGAGUUCUCAU